GGAGGCGGAAGUUGAAGACUAAACAAGCACGAGGACAGUGAAGUUGAAUCGAGUAAAAAACAUCAAAAAUGUUGAAAGAGUUGGUGAAGGAGCGACUCAUGGCGGCGGCCGAUGAAAUAUUCGCGCUGUUUGAAAGAACGAUAGCGUCGUACGAGGAGGAACUUUCUAGAACAAGACAGGAGAAGGAGCGACAUCGACGACAACUGGAAGCUGUUUGCAAAAGUCAAAUUGUGUUGCAUAUUGAAGAUGUCCAGCAGCUGAUUGGUCGUCGAGAAAAGCGUCCCCCUCAGCUGCAGGGAGGGAGGUCCACUUUGAAGCAGGAGGAUCCAGAGCCCCCCUACAUUAAAGAGGAAGAGGAGGAAUUCCGGAUCUCUCAGGAGGGAGAGUGUCGCCUCGGGCCGGGAGAGGCUGAUCUUACCAAGUUGCAACUAAGUGGUGUCUCUGUGAAGACUGAAGAUGGUGAAGAGAAACCACCCGAGUCCUCAGAGCUUCAUUACAGUCCAAGUGGGGCGGAGCCUCCAUGCUGCAGCUCAUCACAACACAUGGCAACAGAAGAUGGGGGAGACCACUGUGGAGCUCCUCUAUCAGAUAGUGACGACAUAACAUCCAACUCUUCUGAGGAUGAAGGCAUGGACGACGCACAAAUACCUUUGGAAAACAUUUCUCGCGCGCGCGAUUUGACUCGACGCAUGAGAAAACCAUUUAGUUGCUCUGUUUGCGGGAAAGGCUUUCCUGGAAAAGGUGAAAUGAUGUCGCACACGGGAAAAAUCCAUGGAGAAAAAAGCUACAGUUGCUCAGUUUGUGGUGAAAGAUUCCCUCGCAGCGCAGAUCUGGUGUUGCAUGUGGCGAUCCACAAAGGCCAAACAUCUUUUAAAUGCUCGGUCUGUGAUAAAAGCUUCCGCACGGUGUUCCAGUUUAUCACACACAUGAGAACACACACGGGAGAGAAAAAUGUUUGUCCAAUGUGUGGCAAAGUAUUCGCCAGUCCGUACUAUUUGAGUUCGCACAUGAAAACGCACGCUGGGGAGAAACACGUUUGUUCAGCUUGCGGCAAAGUCUUUGCUAAUCAGUACUGUCUCAAAACACACGAGAAAACACACUCCGGAGAGAAACAUUUCUGUUCAGUUUGUCGUAAAACGUUCGCGAGCAGAUACUAUUUGACGUCACACAUGAGGACACACACUGGAGAGAAGCCUCGUUGUUCACUUUGUGGUAAAGUGUUUUCUAAUCGGUACUGUUUGAAUUCGCACGUUAGAAAGCACGGCAGGGGGAAACCCUUCAGUUGCUCCGUUUGCGACGCACACUUUGCGGACCAGUCCGGCUUGAUCGCACACAUGCAGACUCACGCGCAACAAAAAGCUUUCAGUUGUUCGCAUUGUGCUAAAAGUUUUACUCGAGAGCACCGUUUGAAAGUACACAUGCUCACUCACACUUGAGAGAGAAACCUUUCCCCAGCUGUUUUCUUUAGGGGGUUGUUAACCAGGAAGUAAUGUCCCGUUCAAAAGAUCCGCAAAGGCUGCAUUUUAAGAUAACAUUAAAAAAAUUAAUGGUCGGGCCCCCGUAUUUGGCAGGUGCUAGUCCUAAGUGUCCCAAUACUUUAGUCCAGUUUUAGUCCCAAGUGUCCCAAUACUUUUGGCAAGUUGUAGUCCUAAGUGUCCCAAUACUUUUGUCAAGUUGUAGUCCUAAGUGUCCCAAUACUUUUGUCAAGUUGUAGUCCCAAGUGUCCCAAUACUUUUGUCCAGUUUUCGGCCUAAGUGUCCCAAUACUUUUGUCCAGUUUUCG